UCGGCGUGCUUAGAGUGAAACUUCGACAUGUCUUUUAUCUUUCUUGAAAUAUUGGUACUUAGUUUAAUAGCAACAAAAGCUGAGUCAAAAGACAACUUUCGAGCCAAAGUAUAUACAGGGAAAGAAGUCAAAACAUCGAAUUCAAGUACCUUGGGAGUUUCUCUUAUACAAUGUCAAAACAUGUGUAUCUUGGCUAGAAGGAAAGGCACGAGCAACAUUUGCGGAUAUGACAAAGUGUCCAAAACAUGUUUCUAUAGUUUUGACACCGAAUAUGACGUCCUCAGUACUUCUGAAGUCACGAAGGUCGUGCUGAUACCUGUUGAAGAUGCCUGUCAGAGUUCAGAGUACCUAGUAAACGGAAUGGAGCCUGUGUCCGACGACCAGAUAACCGCCUCGUCAGCGCUUGAUGAGGCGCAUGACACAAGAGGUUCCCGACUCGAUUCCGUGCCGACUAGUUCACAUGUUGGUGCAUGGGUUGCUGGGGCACCCGACACAAAUCAGUACAUACAGGUGCAGUUCAAUUGCCCUAAGCACGUGAUAGGUGUGGCUAUGCAAGGUCGACCAAUCAGUACAGACCCGAAUUCCUACGUCGGAGUUGGUUGUUGUUACCAGCGUGUGACCGCGUACAAACUUCUCUACAGUGGUGACUGUGUGAACUAUCUCACGAUCAGGGACUCCAGUGGGUCGGAUGUGAUAUUGGACGGGAACACGGAUCAGGAUAAGGUUGUAACAUCGAUGUUGCCAAGUCCGGUAACCGCUCUCUGUGUCAGAAUCAACCCAGUCACGUGGAUUGGUCCCAAUGCCAGCAUGAGGUUCGAUAUUCUCGGAUGUAAUGAAUAAGCAGCAGCACUAGAAAUAAAGCACGGAAUAUGGUGUAUGCAUGCCCACCGUUUGUAGCUGUAAUAUGCUCGUUAUUACAAUGUAUGUUAUAAUAUAAUGUCGAAUAAUAUAAUGAUACAUGAAUUUACUUCUGUAUUUGGUUAAUUUAAGUGUUCGCUUUUUGAAUUAUUGCUUCGAGGAAAAAAAUAUGUUCAUUUUUUGUUCUUUUGUUUGCAUACGCUUUAUGAUUCAUUAUUUAUAUAUAAUAAAUAGUACAUGGUUAUAAAAUUGGAUGCCAUUUCCACAAUCGUCUGACUACUUCCAAACACUGAUAUGAAUGCCGAAGAGCUUGAACGCUUGGUGAUAUUUGACAUCGGGGAAAUUAUUAGCUUGCAAUCCUGGUUAGCCAUUUAAUAAAUAGUACGAGUAAUUAAGUUCUGUAACUAUACGCCUUUUCGCAACCUUUUCGCUUAUUUUUGUUUGAACCUUCCGCGCAGGAAAACAGUCAAAGGAUAAUAUUUAUUUUAGAGUUAAUUCAACGUGUGAUUUAGUAUGAGAAUGAGAGUCCGCCUCUUACCUUUGAAGUUGUGAGUUGGAUUCCCACCAGGGUGAGAUUGCUCUAGUGGUAUGGAUGUUCGCCUCUUUCCCAAGAUGUUGCGAGUACGAUACACACAAGGGUGAAAUUGGUCAAGUGGUAUAGGUGUCUUUCACUCACCAAAGCUGUUACGAGUUCGAUCCCCACCAGGGUGGGAGUGCUCUAGUGGUAUUGUGUCUGUCACUCACCGAACGAGGUUGUGAGUUCGAUUCCCACCAGGGUGGGAGUGCUCUAGUGGUAUUAUGUCUGUCACUCACCGAACGAGGUUGUGAGUUCGAUCCCCACCCGGUUGAGAGUGGCCUGGUGGUAUUUUGUGUCUGUCACUCACCGAACGAGGUCGUGAGUUCGAUCCCCACCCGGGUAAGAGUGAUCUGGUGGUAUUUUGUGUCUGUCACUCACCUAAAGAGGUUGUGGGUUCGAUUCCCACCAGGGUGGGAGUGCUCUGGUGGUGUUGUGUCUGUCACUCAUCGAAAGAGGUUGUGGGUUCGAUUCCCACCAGGGUGAGAGUGGUCUAGUGGUCUAGGUGUCUGUUACUCAGCCAAAGAGGUUGUGAGUUCGAUUCUCACCAGGGUGAGUGUGCUCUAGGGGUAUUUUGUGUCUGUCACUCACACAAAGAAGUUGUGAGAUCGAUUCCCACCAGGGUGAGAGUGGUCUAGUGGUAUAGGUGUCAAAUAAGUUUCAAAUGAUUUGUACCACACUCAGAAACUCUUAAACUUUACGAAAUCG